GUGGGGAGGGGUCUGUACCUCAGAGGCUCUGAAGCGAGGCCAGCCUGUGGCCGUGUGUGGUGGCCCACUCCUGUGGUGGCCCUGGCAGGGAAGCCGCAGACCUGGGAGGGGCCCUCACAGCCUGACACCCCUGCAGAGGGCUCCCCCAGCAGGCUGGGUUCUCCGUGCAGGUGCCUGGCAGUGGGUUCUCAGCCCUGUGCUUCUGGCUCCUUGCAGCCUAACAGCCUCCCUCUGCCCCUGCAGCACCUGCAGAUCAACUGGACAGGCCUGACCAACUUGCUGGACGCACUGGGCAUCAGCAAUGCAUCAAAUGGCCUGCUGGAGGACCUCAUCGCCACCUACCUGGUGCUGCCCAACCGUGUGACUGUGCCAGUGAAGAAGGGGCUGGACGUGACCAGCCUGCGCUUCCCUCUGCCCUGUGGAGUCAUCAGAGUCCACUUGCUGGAGGCAGAGAAGUUGGCCCAGAAGGACAGCUUUCUGGGGAUCCAGGGCAAGUCAGACCCCUACACCAAGGUGAGCAUUGGCCUGCAGAAUUCCUGGAGCAGGACCGUCUCCAAGAACCUGAACCCCACCUGGAAUGAGGUGUUUGAGUUCAUAGUGUAUGAAGUCCCCGGGCAGGACCUGGAGGUGGACCUGUAUGACGAGGACCCUGACAAGGACAACUUCCUGGGCAGCCUGCAGAUCUGCCUCGGGGAUGUCAUGACGAACAGAGCAGUGGAUGAGUGGUUUGUCCUGAAUGGCACAACCAGCAGGUGGCUGCACCUGCGCCUGGAGUGGCUUUCACCAAUCACUGACCCGGACGCUCUGGCCAAGGACCAGAGUGGCCCUUCCACUGCCAUCCUUGUGGUCUUCUUAGUGCCUGCAACCUGCCGACCUGUCCCCACAGCAAGGACCCUGUGUGGAGCCAGGUGUUCUCCUCCUUUGUGCAGGAUGUGGCGGCUGAACAGCUAUGUGUGGAGGUGCUGGAUGAUGACCAGGAGUGUGCGCUGGGAGUCCUGGAGUUGCCCCUGUGCCAGAUGCUCCCCCUGCACAGACCUCACCCUGGAGCAGCGCUUUCGGCUGGACCACUCAGGCCUGGACAGCCUCAUCUCCAUGAGGCUGGCGCUCCGGAGGCGGGGAGCUCAGGCAGCAGGGGCUGGGCGAGAUUCAGCUCGCUGUGCGCUACGUGUGUCUGCGGCGCUGCCUCAGUGUGCUCAUCAACGGCUGCAGCCACAAAGAAGUGAAGAGGUUUGUCCCAGGAGCAGGAGGCAGGAUCGAAACCCACACAGCCUGCUUACAAAGUCAGCUGUUAGCCACUCACUGCACCAAGCCUCCACCACUUUGUUCUGCUCCUACUGAAGAACAUGCCUGAGCCCCAACCACGUGCCAGACACCGGGACUAGGACUCAGGACUGAUGGUCACUAGGCAGCAGUCCCUGCCAUGGCUGAUAAAAAUAGUUCUGGAAUUGUACGCUCCACACGCAGUUAUAAGGCUUCCCAAGACUCAGCCUACUUACUUCUCUCUACAACCCAGUACUCCGAUGAAAAACCUCACAGGUGAGCAAAGAGGGCAGCAACUUUCCCACAGUCACAUACUAGUAAAUGGUGGUGUCUGGCUCCUGAGUUUGUUUUCCAGACAGAAAAAUCCCCUACAGAGCGGGAACUGCCAGGGCAGGACCUAGGACAGGGGCUGCAGGAGUGCCAAGGAGGGGACAUACCAGGACAAUCUGACUGCCUUCACCUACACCCCACUCCCCCCGCUACGAGCUCCAAGAGGGCAGAGACCAUGGCUAUUCCUAUGGACUGUAUUCCAGCAUAUCACCUGCAACCCAGUUUGCUACUGAAUGGAGCAGAAUUGUCAAAAUCUUAGAAUAUCUGC